AUGAAGGUAGAACACAUCUAUUACUGGCCUGGCGAUCAUAUUUCUAUCACGUGCAAAGUUUGUCAACGAGGUCUCGAUUCAAAUGGGAAGAACAAAACGUGGGGUUGGGCCGCAAAAGUAUACGACUUUUUCGAUCAUUACCAGAAGAAUAAGAAGUUGCAACACGCGGAUGUUGGCGUGCAAUUUUUACCACUAAAGUCCGAGAUCAAUACAAGAUCGGAAGAAUUCGAUGGAUCAGGGAAUUCUGAUCCGUCUUACAUGCCCGGAAAUCGGUCGUUUGUUGUUUUUAUUGGAGAAAUAAGAAUUCAGGCCACAAAGCACGGAUCUUUCCCCCAUAUCCGACGACAAAAGUUGGAACCGAUUGGCAAUACGUUACACAUUCAUAAUACUGAAGCAAGGGCGGCUGGUGUAUAUUUUUGCUACGAUGACACCGGGCUCAAUUUGGUCCGCUAUUUCUAUAUUCUCCACGCGAUGACGCCGAUCAAUCGAGUAAAUUGGAUGGAUGAUGCUAAUUUGAAGAAUCGUCUUCAGCUGAGUCCGGAUAUGGGCAAAAUGGUCUGUGAAUCGCCGGACAAAAAGGAUUUGUUCCCGCUUCCAUAUCAAUGUGGCAAUGACUGCGGGAAACCGAUUUAUAUGUACCCGGAUACUCAAUGGAAAUUCAACUGGCGUCCCAUCAUCUAUAAACCCGAAAAUGAGCCUAUCUGUGAUAAGGGUGAUCUUAAAUGCGAACAAUAUCUGAAACUUCACCCCAACACCAGUGGUCUAGCGAUACGAAAACCAACUACUACGCCAGCGAUUCGCGAUGGAGACAAUGUAUUAGAUGAUCUGAUCAAUCCGAAAGGAUUUCCGAUUGGGCUUAUAUGGUUUGAUGAAAAACCUGAUUGGCCCGACAUCACAUCGAUCAAAUCGUUUCGAUUAUGGAGGUAUAAGCAUCAUGGUUUGCAAGGCGCCGAAGUCGCUGAAGUUUGUCAACGAGGUCUCGAUUCAAAUGGGAAGAUCAAAACGUGGGGUUGGGCCAGAAAAGUAUACGACUUUUUCGAUCAUUACCAGAAGAAUAAGAAGUUGCAACUCGCGGAUGUUGGCGUGCAAUUUUUACCACCCAAUUCCGGGAUCAAUACAAUAUUGUACGAAUUCGAUGGAUCAGGGGAUUCUGAUCCGUCUUACAUGCCCGAAAAUCGAAUUCAGGCCACAAAGCACGGAUUUUUGCCCCAUAUUCGACGACAAACGUUCGAACAAAUUGGCAAUACGUUACACAUUCAUAAUGCUGAAGCAAGGGCGGCUGGUGUGUAUUUUUGCUACGAUGACACCGCGAUCAAUCUGUUCCGCUAUUUAAUUCAGGCCACAAAGCACGGAUCUUUCCCCCAUAUCCGACGACAAAAGUUGGAACCGAUUGGCAAUACGUUACACAUUCAUAAUGCUGAAGUAAGGGCGGCUGGUGUAUAUUUUUGCUACGAGGACACCGCGAUCCAUUUGGUCCGCUAUUUCUAUAUUCUCCACGCAAUGACGCCGAUCAAUCGAGUGAAUUGGAUGGAUGAUGCUAAUUUAAAGAAUCGUCUUCAGCUGAGUCCGGAUAUGGGCAAAAUGGUCUGUGAAUUGCCGGACAAAAAGGGUUUAUUAAAUUCUCCACAUCAGUGUCCCAAUGGCUGCGGGAAACCGAUUUAUGGUGAUCUUAAAUGCGAACAAUAUCUGAAACUUCACCCCAACACCAGUGGCCUAGCAAUACGAAAAGUGCCGGAGACUGCGAUACAUCUGCAUGUUUUUAAACGAUCGAUCAAUGAUAGACCAUUCUACACGGAUGUGGCGUUGGCUUUUCGAUGGGAGCCAUGGAGUAGAUGCGAUUCGGGAAGAACACAUCAACGCCGAGAGGGACACUGUGUUUUGCAGCUCGUCGAUGGUAAAAACAAAACGAACGCGGGAAAUACUAGUACCGAAGCAACGAGGUGGAUGUCUCGAUUGGAUAGCAUUUUCAGGCUUUCUGGAAGAAAGAAUACGACAUUUGUGAGAUUGCACAGUUCAACUUUGAUGACGAUGAUCAUGGAUCAACCAGUGAAGACCGAUUGUGGGACAAGAGAAAGAUCGAAGAGUGUUCAAAAGAUUGACGAGUUUUAUGAACAGGUAAUCUUUCCGUCGUUGGACAUCCCGGGAGAACAAUUCAACCGAAAGAAAUUCACAUUGAACAACGAGUGGAGGGCUUGUUUUAAGUACACACACUCGGGUGAAAAUGCGGGAAGUAAUGGAUCGUAUUCGGAUAUUGUUGGCACCUAUGUGAUCGAAACAAAGCAAUGUCCU